AUGACACCACCUACCUUGGCUCGCCUUGCGUACGUGAUUCUGUAUGUAGACGACAUCGACACAGCGGUGAAGUUUUACAAGGACGUGUUCAUGUUCGAUGUGAGGCGCGUGGACAACAGCAGAAAGUGGGCUGAGCUGGAGACCGGUUCUACGACUCUGGCUUUUACCCCACUGGAGCAAAGGGAAACUAAGCUUACAGGAGGCAUGCAUGUGCCUGGGGAGCACGAGCAGCGACAGAAUAUGGAUAUCAGCAUCAGUGUGAGCGACGUUCAUGACACUUACCAGAGGGCUCUCAUAGCAGGCGCAAAGAAGAUUGCCAAGCCAGAGCAGAAGAACUGGGGCCAGAUUGUGGGGUACAUUCGUGACUCCUUUGGCAUAACUGUUCAGAUUGGCUCACACUUGACCUGA